AACAUAGAGCAAGAGACUUGUUAAGAGCAAGAAGCUUGUUAAAGAACACAAGAAGAAGAAAACUAAGAAACAGAGGAGAGCUACAGCCAAGGAGGAGAUCAAGAGAGAACAAUUAGAAAAAAUGAGUUGGUGCAGAGAGCCGGUGAUCCUUCUCUCAAGCUUUCUGUGUCUGUCGCUGUUGCUAGCUCUCGUCAAGAUGUUUGAAAAGCUAUGGUGGAAGCCGGUUCGCAUACAGAAGUUGAUGGCUCUGCAGGGGAUCAAAGGCCCUUCUUACAGACUUAUCCAUGGAAACACCAAAGAAAUCUCCAAUAUGAAAAAGGAAGCUAUGAGCAGGCCCAAGAGCUUAUCACAUGACAUCUUUCCUCAAGUUCAACCUCAUAUUCAGUUAUGGACCAAGUUAUAUGGGAAGAAUUAUCUUCAAUGGCAUGGCUCUAAAGCUCAGCUGGUCAUUACGGAACCUGAAAUAUGCAAAGAGAUACUGAAUAACAAAGACGGGGCUCUUCAAAAAACAGAGACUCUAGGAUAUGUGAAGAAGUUAUUAGGAGAUGGCCUCACGAGAUCCUCAGGUGAAAAAUGGUCCAAGUUGCGAAAGCUGGCCAACCAUGCCUUCCAUGGAGAGAGCUUAAAAAGUAUGAUUCCAGCGAUGAUAGCUAGCGGCGAGACGAUGCUUGAAAGGUUGAAGAACCAUGAAGGCAAAGAGAUUGAAGUGUAUGACGAAUUCAGGUUCUUCACUUCAGAAGUGAUUUCCAGAACAGCAUUUGGCAGCAGCUACUUGGAAGGGAAGAACAUCUUUGAGAUGUUGAUGAAGUUAUCCUUCUUGACAUUCAAAAAUGCUCUCAAACUUAGGUUUCCUGGUAUCAGUAAGAUCUUUAAAACCAGAGAUGAAAUCGAAUCAGCAGAGCUUGAGAAAGGAAUACGCGAUAGCGUAAUGGAGGUCAUUAAGAAAAGAGAAAAGAAGGCAAUGGCUGGAGAGGAAGACGGUUUUGGAAGUGAUUUUCUUGGAUUGCUUUUAAAGGCUCACCAUGACACCAAUGAGAAGCAGAGGAUUUCAGUGGACGAUUUGGUCGACGAGUGCAAGACUUUUUACUUUGCUGGACAAGAAACCACUAAUUCUCUGCUUGCUUGGACUGUAUUUCUUCUGGCCCUCCAUAGAGAUUGGCAAGAGGAAGCAAGAAAGGAGGUCCUGCAACUAUUUGGCAAACAAACUCCACACCCUGAGGGCAUUUCCAAGCUCAAAACAAUGAGUAUGAUUAUCAAUGAGUCUCUGAGAUUAUACUCUCCUGUUAUUUCCUUCGAAAGGAAAGCCGCGAGGCAAGUUAGACUGGGAAAUCUCAUAGUCCCUGCUAAUGUUGAACUGCAAAUCCCAAACCUAGCAUUUCAUCAUGAUGCUAAAUUUUGGGGAGCAGACGUGCACCUUUUCAAACCAGAGCGAUUCUCAGAAGGGGUUGCUAAAGCUGCCAAGGAUAACAUGGUCGCAUUCUUGCCCUUUGGAAUGGGACCUCGAACUUGUGUGGGCUUCAAUUUUGCAACCAUUGAAGUAAAGAUUGCUCUGUCAAUGAUUCUACAACACUACUCCUUCACCCUCUCCCCAGCCUACGUUCACUCCCCGUUUCAUUUUCUUACAGUUAGGCCACAACAUGGUGUUCGAGUAACGCUACAUCCGCUGUGAGCUGUGUAAACCAUGUGGAGGUGUAAUGGUCAAAACCUGAAUAGAAUUUCGUAUAAUUUUGCACUUGGUUUACCAAGGCAUUAUUAAUGUCUUUGUUGAUAUAUAUCAGGGAGUUUAUUUUGUUUUGUGUACAGAAACAGAAGUGAACAUUUAUCAAUUUAUCAGGGAGUUCUUCUCUUGCA